GACCGACCUAAGCACGGGUGCUCCUUCCUUGCCUGCAACCCAAACCUCCUUCCCUAAUCAUCCGCUUGGUGCAAGGAUUGUCGACGGCUGCUCAACCAAUCAGAAGCUCCACAAUACCAAGUCAACCCGAAAUGUCGAUUUGAGCUUCAACUCUCAAUUCAAGGACAUUGACCUUCUUCCACGCACCACCACCCCGUCAACCCUCUACGUCGGCGCCUCCACCACGUCUCUGCUUCAUUGCUCGACUUCCUCCACCAUCUGUCCAGAGCGCCAGGCUUUCUAGACGAGAUGUUGGCCACGUCGGCAGUUCGCAGCGCUCCUCUCAGGACAGCUGCACGAACAAUUGUCCGCAGAACAACUACACGUGCAUCAUCCUCAAGCUCCUCCGAAUCGACUGCUGCUCCCUUCUGGCUCACUGCUGGCUCAGCAGCCGCGACUGUUGGCGCACUUGGUUCUGCAGGAUGGUAUUUUCAUCUUUUUGGUCAAGAUGUCUACGCCAUGACUCCUGCUGAAGAAGGGUGAGCUUGGUAAAAUGCCUGUAUACAGUGCAUGAAGCUGACAAUUAUUUCAAGUCUUCAUCCUACACAGUAUCCUUGGGAACAUCAGAAGUGGACAAAAACAUUCGACCACGGAGCUCUGCGAAGAGGUUUCCAGGUCUACCGAGAAGUCUGCGCUGCAUGCCAUUCCCUGAAACGUAUCCCAUACCGAUCACUCGUCGGUAACUUCAUGACGGUCGACGAAGCCAAGGCUCUCGCUGAAGAGAAUGAAUACGACACCGAACCCAACGAUGAAGGAGAAAUUGAGAAACGACCUGGAAAAUUGUCAGACUACCUCCCCUCUCCAUACAAGAACGACGAGGCUGCCCGAGCUGCAAACAACGGUGCUUUGCCGCCCGAUCUAUCCUUGAUGGUCAAGGCUCGACAUGGUGGAUGCAACUACAUCUUCGACCUGUUGACAGGGUAUCCUGAGGAACCCCCUGCUGGUGCCGUCGUUCAGUCUGGCCUCAACUUCAACCCUUAUUUCCCCGGUACUGGAAUUGCAAUGGCUCGUGUGCUGUACGAUGGACUGGUCGAGUACGAGGACGGAACCCCAGCUACCACCUCCCAGAUGGCCAAGGAUGUUGUGGAAUUCUUGAACUGGACUGCCGAACCCGAGAUGGAUGAGCGAAAGAAGAUGGGUAUCAAGGUGUUGAUCAUUGGCACAGCACUGUUGGCGAUCAGCGGUUGGGUCAAGAGAUACAAGUGGGCACCUCUAAAGACGCGAAAGAUUGUCUAUAACCCCCCGGUAGGAGGCAAGUUCCGACGAUAGAUAUAACCACGAAAGGGGAGGAAAGAUCGGAAAGAAGCGUCUAAUCUGCCAGGAUGGAUGGCUCUGUUUUACGCCAGCCAUCAGGAAGACUGGCUGGUCAUCGUUUGUAACAAUGGAGAACCGUACAGAAUUUCAAAAGAAUUUCAAAAGGCCUGCAAUAUACCAAAAGGUCCUAGAAGUGUAUCAUCCAUGCCACGUGACGAUCAAAUAAGCCGACUUCGUCACGGCCACAUUAUUCUACCAGGGUAUCUGACAGGGGAAAAAUCAACAGACGCCGAAUCAAUGCUUCCACAACUUGACCGUCUUGUCCUUGCCGGCACUUGCGACGAUGCGACCAUCCAAAGCCCAAUCCAAAGCAAAAACCUCGUCCUUAUGACCUGGCAAAUCUUCUUUAAUCUUGCCCGUCUUCACAUCCCACACUUUGACCGUCGU